UCAAUUGGGCCGGGCCUAAUCGCUUAUACUGGGCCAGACAUAAAUAGAGAUCCAGAAAAGAAGCAUUGUCGUCUCGAUCGAGUCUUGUCCUUGGAGCACCGAACACCGCCUGCUGCUCGCCGGCGAGAGGAGAGGAGAGGAGAGGAGAGAAGCGAGAUGCAUUGGAUCAGGGCCGAUGGCUCCGAUUUUGGAGGAAAUCUCCCAAUCCCUCGAAGUGGGCACACAGCGGUGAUGGUGGGCAAAUCCAAGGUGGUCGUCUUUGGAGGCUUCGCUGACAAGAGAUUCCUUGACGACAUCGCCGUCUACGACAUUGAGAAUAAACUUUGGUUCACUCCCCAAUGCACUGGGAGCGGGUCGGAUGAACAACACGGACCACCACCGCGUGCCUUUCAUGUUUCUGUCUCCAUUGACUGUAACUUGUUCGUCUUUGGUGGUCGUUCUGGUGGCAAGAGGUUGGGUGAUUUCUGGAUGCUUGAUACUGAUAUUUGGCAAUGGUCAGAGCUUACUAGUUUUGGUGACUUGCCAUCACCUAGGGAGUUUGCUGCUGCUUCAGCUAUUGGAAAUCGCAAAAUUGUUAUGUAUGGCGGCUGGGAUGGCAAAAAGUGGCUGUCUGAUGUCUACAUCUUAGACACAAUAUCACUUGAGUGGACUGAGUUAUCGGUUUCUGGAUCAGCACCUCCACCUAGAUGUGGGCAUUCAGUCACUAUGGUUGAAAAGCGAUUGCUUGUCUAUGGUGGCAGAGGAGGUGGUGGACUUAUAAUGGGCGACUUAUGGGCUUUGAAGGGUCUCAUAGAAGAAGAUAAUGAGACACCUGGUUGGACUCAAUUGAAGCUUCCUGGGCAACCUCCUUCACCACGCUGUGGUCAUACAGUAACUUCUGGAGGGCACUAUCUUUUAUUAUUCGGAGGACAUGGGACUGGAGGUUGGCUGAGUCGAUAUGACAUCUACCACAAUGACUGUGUAAUUUUGGAUAGAGUCUCUGUUCAGUGGAAACGCUUGCUUACAACAAAUGAACCUCUGCCUGUUCGGGCAUACCACUCCAUGACCUGCAUUGGUGCACGCUAUCUUUUAUUUGGUGGAUUUGAUGGCAAGACCACAUUUGGUGAUUUGUGGUGGUUGGUUCCUGAAGAUGAUCCAAUUGCUAAGAGAUUGCCAUCAAGUAUAACUCCCGUGCCUGAUAUUAAACAGACAGUGACAAGAAGUGAUUUAUCUCAAUCUAUUCAUAAGGAGAGUGAAAUGGAAGAAUCACCUAUAGUGGAGCUGCAGAAAAGAAUAGGAGUUCCAAUUUCUUCUUCUAUUCCCCAUAUGAAUAUUGUUGAUGAAGUCGAUGAUAAAGAACUCCUUGAGCUUUCCUCAAGGCUCCCAAUUAGUGAUCCAGGUGCUGCCAUUGAGUCACUUCGUCACCACUGGAAAAAUUCUUCAGCAAGCUCAAUACAGCUGAGAGAGCUUGGCCCAUUGCUUAGAGAUUAUCAGCGUCUAAUUGCCAAUCAUUAUAUUGGAAAUUUUGCCCCUGAAUCAGCACUCUCCACAUGCACUCCUUUAGGUGAAGGAAUUCAGCAUCAAUUUUUCCAUUUGAAAAGUGCAUCCCAGCUGCGACUUGGUGAUGUUCCAAGAUUGCUCAGUGAAUAUAAAGAGCUGAUUCCAAAUUGAAGAUUGCUGUUCUAUUCCAGUUUGGCAUUAUACCUGGAACAGAAGAGUUGAUUGGUUCUGAUGCAUUAUUAUUCACACAUAUGAAUACAAGGAGCGACACUUGCUUCCAAAAGUUUAUUCCAAUCAUUUUUCCCAUAAAUAGAACACACACACACACAUACAUAUAUAUAAAGAGCCGUAUCAGUGUCAAGUAUUUUACUGGAGAUUCCAUCAAUAAUCCCACAUACAUGUUUUGUUGUUUC